UCAUCCAGCCUGCUUUACAAAUCUCUUCAAAUACCGCUCCCACCAUCCAGCAUUCCAGCCCUGAGAAUUAACCGCUUCCCCUCUCCUCCCUCCCUCCCUCCCUCCUUACUUUUUAUCAUCAACCAUGGCGGCAACAACCGCCGGAGCUCGCUUCUCCUUCUCUCCGGUGAUCCGUUGCUGCGCCGCGACGCCGGCUCCGGCAGACAAGUUGAAGCUGAAUCCAGUCCAGCUACCCACCCGCCGCCUCUUCGCCGUCUCCUCUCAGCAGGUAUCCACCUCCGCCGGCGAAGUGGUAAGCUUUCCUCUCCCGGCCCAGGGAGAGGGAAUUGGAACUGAAUCACUAGAUGCGACGGCGACAGCUAAUCAGGGGAAGGAAGAUGAGCAGAUCGACAACCCCUACGCUGCUGCUGUUCGGACGCCGCAAGAAGCAAUGCAGCUGGGGAAGACGGUGAAGGAUUACUUCGUGGAGGCCAAGGGUUUGAUUCAAUCGACGGCUAGCGACGGUGGUGGUCAUCAUCCGCACUGGAUUUCGCCGGCGGAGGACGGCUGUGGCUCUCCGACGGCCGAUUCUCCUCUCUUCCUGUAUCUCCCUGGAAUUGAUGGCGUCGGCCUGGGACUUAUUAGGCAGCACCAUAAUCUCUGCAAACUGUUCAAUGUUUCAUGCUUGCAUAUUCCGGCCAAGGAUAGGACGUCGCUCAGAGGACUGGUACAGUUAGUUGAGAAAACUGUUAGAGCAGAAUAUGGCCGUUCGCCAAGAAGACCCAUUUACAUCUGUGGAGAAUCUCUUGGAGCUUGCAUUGCACUAGCUGUGGCAGCUCGGAAUCCUGGGAUUGAUCUUGUGCUUAUACUGGCUAAUCCAGGAACUUCAUUUGAGAAGUCACAGCUGCAAUCCCUGAUGCCGCUCUUGGAUCUCUUGCCUGACAACUUUCACCUCAAUGUCCCGAUUAUGCUCGGCUUGAUGACGGGUUCGCUUGUAUUAAUCCUCGUACUUUGCAUUUUCUCCCACCUUUGCUCGUUGUUGAUGAAGCCUGCAAUCUGCGAUCCUGUGAAGACAUUCAUGGAUAAUUUAGUCAGAGGACUCCCUCUGCCACAAGCAACUGGAGGGCUUACAGUGGAUGUUCUUGCUAUGUCGUCUCACCUCUCUAUUCUCUCUGAAAUUUUACCAAAGGAGACACUUCUGUGGAAGUUACAGUUGCUCGAAACUGCUUCAUCCUAUGCCAAUGCACGCCUUCGAGCUGUAAAGGCUCAAAUCCUGAUCCUCUCUAGUGGAAAGGAUCAGCUGCUUCCAAGCAACGAGGAAAGCCAAAGACUACGUGCAGCAUUGCCAAAAAGUGUUAUAAGAACAUUUGAUGACAAUGGCCAUUUCCUUUUCUUGGAAGAUGGUGUAGAUCUGGUGACAACCCUCAAGGGUUCACUAUUCUACCGUCGUCGUAAACACCGUGAUUUCGUGACUGAUUACAUACCACCAACUCCUCUUGAAUUCAAGAACAUAGACGCAAAAUACAGAGAGCUGGAGGUUGCUACGAGCCCCGUGAUGUUCUCAACUUUACAAGACGGGACAAUCGUGAAGGGACUUUCAGGAAUUCCUUCAGAAGGACCAGUGUUGAUAGUCGGAUACCACAUGUUACUCGGAGUUGAACUAUCCCCAAUGGUAACCCGAAUCUUGAAGGAACGGAACAUUCUGGUCAGAGGAAUAGCUCAUCCUAUGAUGUUCUCGAGAGUGAAGGAAGGGAGGAUGCCUCCUUUAUCAUCUUUCGAUGAUUUCAGAGUGAUGGGCGCAGUUCCUGUCUCUGGUCCUGUUUUGUUCAAGCUCCUCUCUUCCAGGGCUCAUGUGCUGUUGUACCCUGGAGGCAUGCGGGAAGCCUGUCACAGAAAGGGCGAGGAGUAUCAAUUGCAUUGGCCAGAACAGUCCGAGUUUGUGAGAAUGGCAGCUAGAUUUGGAGCUAAGAUAGUGCCGUUUGGUGUUGUUGGAGAGGAUGACUACGGUGAAGUGGUGUUCGAUUACGAAGAUCAAAUGAAGAUUCCAUUCUUCCGUUAUAUCAUAGAAAGCACAACGGAGGAGAUACCUCAAGUGAGGACUGACGCAGGGGGAGAGCUAGCACUGCAAGGAGUGCACUUUCCAGUGUUCAGACCGAAGCUCCCCGGCAGGUUCUAUUACCUCUUCGGGAAGCCAAUCGAAACCCAAGGAAGGGAAGAAGAGCUGAGCAAGGACAGGGAGAAAGCUAACGAGGUGUACAUGGAAGUGAAGCAAGAAGUGUAUAAUUGCAUAGAUUACUUGAAAGAGAAGAGAGAAAGCGAUCCUUACAGGAACGUGGUGGCUCGCAUGGCUUACCAAGCCAUCCAUGGCCUUGAUGCUCCCGUCCCGACGUUCGAGCUCUGAUGCUCCCCAAUCGGCGAUCAUUGAUGCGAUUGUCCGGUUCCGGCCGGUGAAGGGAAAAGUGAUUGGCUUGGUUGAUAUGCAUGAUGAUAUUAUUGAUUUACGCACAAAAAACCACACACACACGAUAGUUUAAGAAGAAAUGUGGGAGAAGCAGAGAAUAUAAUUGUAUUGAUGUGAUUAGUCCAUGCAGAAAAGGAAGGAACCAAAAAAUGUAUGACUAGAUUUAUCCAGCAUAAUGUAUACUGCAAUACACACAAUUGUAAUUGGGAAAGCAUUGUGGAUUUAUUAAUUUCCCAAUAGCCACGUGUCAAUCACCCAAUCAUUGAAGUAAAAAGAAAAUGUUGG